AUGUCGAAUUUGUCAAAGCUUGAGUUUGUGGCACUUGACAUUUCUGAAAAGAAUUACCUAUCAUGGGUUCUCGAUGCUGAGAUUCACUUAGCCGCUAAAGGCCUUGGUAACACCAUUACUCAGGGUAAUGAGGCAUCAAGCCAGGACAAAGCGAAGGCCAUGAUUUUCCUUCGUCAUCAUUUGGAUGAAGGUUUGAAGGUUGAAUAUUUAACAGUGAAAGAUCCACUUGAAUUGUGGACUGGCCUGAAGGAAAGGUAUGAUCACCUUAAGGCUACGGUAUUGCCAAGGGCUCGAUAUGAGUGGAUGCACUUACGGUUGCAAGAUUUUAAGACCGUAAGUGAGUAUAACUCUGCUGUAUUUCGAAUAACUUCCCAAUUGAAAUUAUGUGGGGAAGUUAUGAAUGAUGAGGAUUUGCUGGAAAAGACUCUUACGACUUUUCAUGCCUCAAAUAUUGUAUUACAGCAGCAAUACCGUGAAAGGGGUUUCAAAAAGUAUUCUGAAUUGAUCUCAUGCCUUCUGGUGGCUGAGCAACAUAAUAUCCUUUUGCUGAAAAAUCAUGAAGCCCGUCCCACAGGGUCAGCUGCGCUUCCUGAAGCGAAUAUGGCAGCUAGACGUGAUAAGUCUGGAAAAAGGCAGAAUAAUAAUCAUGGCCAUAUGAAUGUACGUGGGCAUGGCAAUGGUAAGAGACGAUAUAAUAGUCGUCAUCAUGGUGGUCAUGGCAAACGAGAGAACAAUAUGGGUUCUCAAAACAAUCCUUCAAGAGGCAAAAGCGGUACUGCCACCGCUGUGGCAUGA